AUGGGAUAAAGCUGUAUGAAUAAAAAAAAAGAAUUAAAUGAUGAUCCUAUGCAUCUAUCCAUCAAACCUAUACAUAGACCAAAAAAACCAACUUGGGAAUUACAUUAUAAUGAAAGUCGACCUGAAACUCAAGAAGAUCUUGAUUUUGACAUUGAAACUAGAAUUCUAAAAAAAAAAGAAGUUCGUUUUAUUAUUACUCCUGAAAAAAAUAGAAGAUCAUUCUCUUAAGGAGUUAAAUAUUAAAAAGAAUUAUUAAUGAAAUAAAUGUUUGGUGAUAUGUUUGCUAGAAAAAAAUACAAUUUAAUAAGGUCAGAUAGAGAAUUAAGAUAAUAAGAAUAUAAUAAUCGAAUUAACAAUUUAGAUAUUAAUUUUUAUCCUAGACAAUUAUCACUCAAAUAAAUUUGCUUUAAUCAUUCAGAUUAAAUAUCAACUUUAAAAGAAGAUAUUAAAUCUCUUAAAUCUUUUAAAUCUAAUAGUUAGCCUUAAUCCAGCAUAUUAAAAUAAAAAAGUACUAAAGCUAAAUCACUAUAUUCUGGAUCAAGAAGAAGUGUUAGAUUUCAUUUUUGA